AAAUCGCCUGUGGUAUAUGGAGAGAAAUAUAAAUUUCUUAUCUGUGUAAUGUUUUGUAAUUUAUGGAAGAUCCUUUGAAGUUGUUUCGUUAAUGCAGAACAUUCAGUAACACUUAAAAUUCAUUUUAUUAAAAUUAAAAGAAAUAAUGGAAGGUGAAUUGGAACAAAACAUUGAUGAGUUAGUUGAAGAAUUACGGUCUGUUGUGAUGUUUGAGAAGGAGAUUAAAGAUAUAAUUCAAGUUUUAGAUUCUAUUGUCAAUGUUAGCAAAACUUCUAUCGGAGAGGCUUCAGAAUUUAUGAUAGAUGAUGUUUUCUUGACUUUGUUGCGUCAUGAAUCCAAGGAAAUAAUUGUAAAAACUGCCAAAGCAAUUGCAGAAAUUGCUAAAAGUGAAAGAGGAAGAGAAAAAUGUACCAAUAUAGACAUAGUGAAUGCAUUGAUAGAUCUUUUAAAGGAUGACCAAGUUGAUGUAUUAAUACAGACUUCCAGAGCUUUAGGAAAUAUUUGUUAUGAAAAUGAAAAUGGUAAAAAGUUUGUGGAGGAUAAAAAUGGGUUGAUGUCAAUUUUGGCAGUAUUGGAGAAAAGUAUUACAUUAGAGAAUGUAGAGGGUGCACCAUUCCUCCGUAUUGUUGCUGUAGGACUUCUACUGAAUUUUCUAUUCGAUAGACCAUCUCUCCAUAAAGAGGCACUACAACAGGAAGUAGUCCCAAUUAUCUGUAGAAUUCUGGAAAUUGAUGGGACCACAGGUGGAGAAGCUGCAAUGCAUGCUCUUUUAAUAUUAUGGAUAUUAAAUGAUGCCAACAUAGUGUUUUUGGAUGAAAGACUUACAAAAAUUUUAGUGAAUAUUUUGGAAAAUGAUGCAUCGUCAAAAUUUUCUGAAAUGUGUUUGGAACUUUUUCAUGGUCAAGCAGAGGAUGAGGAAGUCAAAUUAUUAAUUGCAAAUUCAGGUGUUUGCGAGUUGUUAUUAAAACUUUUGGAAAAACAUAGUCCAUAUUGUACAGAUGAAGAGACCAGAAGUGUCCUGAAAACAGCAUGCAACUUAAUUGUUCUGGUAUUAACCGGAGAUGAUAGCAUGAAUAACCUCUAUGAUGAUGGUAAUGGUGUUGUAUAUAAGAAACUAGUUGAAUGGCUUGAAAGUGAUGAUAGGGAUUUACAACUUACGGCAGCAUUGGCAAUGUGUAAUUUUGCGCGCACCGACACUCAUUGCGAACUUAUGGUCACACAAAACGUUCACCGCAAACUCCUUAAAUUACUACAAGAUAAUAAUACAAAUGCUGCUGACAUAAGGUUUCAACAUGCUUUGCUUGGUGCUCUAAGAAAUCUUGUCAUUCCUGCAGUUAAUAAACCUGUAAUAUUGAAAGAUGGAUUAUUAAAAGUUUUAUAUCCUAUGUUAAGCAUUUCAUCAUAUCCUGUGGUCUUCAAAUUACUAGGAACUUUAAGAAUUGUUAUUGAUGGCCAAACUGAAGCUGCAAUAGAAUUGGGAAAGAAAGAUGGUUUAAUAAAAAAGGCUGUCGAGUGGUGUGAAGUUGAGGAUCAUCCUGGAGUUCAGGGUGAAGCAAAUCGCUUAAUCGCAUGGUUAAUCAAUAACAGCAGGGAUAAAGAAAUAGUACUUUUGGUAAUUGAACAUGGUGCAAUAAAACAUUUAGCCAAAAUGUUAACAGCACAACAUCUUCUAAUGCAAAAUGAAGCUUUAAUUAGUUUAACAAUAAUGACCAUAAGCUCUUUGGCAGAAUGUGAAAAAUCACUUCUUGAAGCAGACAUAGGAGACAAACUUUGCAAAUUCUUUAAUCUUGAAAAUAUGCGAGUACACGUUUUACGUAAUGCCUUGUUAUUCAUAACUAACAUUGUCAAUUCAGCUCAAUUAAGGGAACAUCUUUUAAAAAGUAAUUUACCAUCGAUAUGUCUAGAAAUGUUUCAAACUGCAGAGACUGUAAGCGUUCAAGAACAAUUACAACAAAGUUGCGAUAAGAUAAUUUAAUUAGAUAUUAGAGACAAGACAAAGAAAAAAAUGAGGAGCGUACAAUUUUUUGUAAGGUAUUCGGAAAAUACAAUUUUUAAACUAAAGAUUAAUGAAUCUUCGUGUUCUCAUCUAACAAUCUUUUAUUAACCACAUUAAUCAAAAUGGUACAAAUAUAAUGUAAAUGUUUAAUUUAUGAGUGUUCGUUAGGUCUCAAUCUAAAUUUUCUAUGGUAAAAGAUCUUACAAAAUCUUUAAACAAUGAAAUUAUUAAAUAAUCAAUGCGACGUACAAUUACUUAAUUUGUACAUGUAUUAAUUAUUCACUGUUCAAUUAAAAUGUGAUGGUUAAACUCGUUAAUUAUAAAAAAAGUACCAAAUGUAUAUAAUCUUAAGAAAUCGAUCAAACAGUGUAUCUUAUGUAACCAAUUAUAUGUUUAAUAU